AUGGACGGACCACAAACCGAUAGCAAUGGUACUGGUAACGGCCGGGUCAUAGACCUUUCACACCACCUGUCGGGUGAGGCCAGGAAUCGAGUUGCGAACCCGCUGAAAGACAUCCUCCGGGUGAUCAGCGAAUGCCCGGUUACUGAUCUCAUCAGCAUGGCAAACGGUGAUCCUCAUCAUUCGUUGUAUCCUUUCAGACAAAUUACGUACGAAGUACCAUCUGUGCAAGACGCACCUGAUCCAGUCAUCUCAUGGCGGAACAACUCCGGGCUCGCGCAGAUCAUACGUUCCUACAAAGAUCAGGAAUGCGCACUAUCCAUUCGCGACGCCUUCCCGUAUUCCCGGGCUGCUGGACUUAAACAGUGCAUAGAUGUUAUCACCGACUUCACGAACUUGAUAUUUGCUCCGCCGAAUCAUCACGUGACGUUGACAUUGGGGAACUCUGAUGGUAUCACGAAGGUUUUUCGCCUCUUCGGGGAGAAUGGAGAUCACUUCUUGACUGAUGAGUUUUCCUUUCCUAGUAUGACAAACUCUCCUCUCGCAUAUGGCGUCAAGUGGGUUGGUGUUAAGAUGGAUUCUGGUGGUAUCAUUCCUGAGGAGCUCGAGAAAGUCCUCGUUAAAUGGGACGAGGUGAAGUGGGGACGACGACCUCAUGUUCUCUAUAUCAUCCCUGUCGGCCAGAAUCCCACUGGAUCAACACUGAGCGUGGAUCGCCGCAAGAAGAUCUAUGCCAUCGCACAGACAUGGGACUUAAUUAUCAUAGAAGACGAUCCUUACUAUUUCCUGCAAUAUGAUAUCCCUCCGAAUCAAACGCACUGUCCACCAGCAAGCCCUGAUGAAUUUAUUAAAGAUUUCAGAAGCACCCUAAUACCUACAUUCUUGUCAAUGGACGUCGACGGCCGUGUGCUUCGUAUCGACACAUUCAGCAAAGUUCUUGCCCCAGGCAUGCGAUUAGGUUGGAUCACAAGCAACAAGCUUUUUCACCUAAAAUUAGCAGAUUACAUCGAUUCGUCGACGCAGCCACCGCACGCCUUCGGGCAGAUGUUCGUCACCGAGAUGCUUAGCGAACAUGGCUGGAAAGUCGAGGGCUUCUGCCGGUGGCUGAGGAGCUUAUGCUUGGACUAUCAGAGCCGCCGUGAUUUCCUCCUCGACGUUUUCAGGCGCGAAGUAGAAUCUACCGGUUAUGCCAGCGUCAACUGUCCUGAAGCGGGGAUGUUUGUGUGGAUAGAAGUUUUCUUUGAGAAACAUCCGAGGUUUGUUCGAGAACAAUGUUUUGGUGGCUCGCCUGUUGUUGCACGGACGAAUACGGAAUACCUCCUGAAGGAGCUUUUCGAAAGGUUGAUGAAUACUCAAGGCGUCGUAUUCAUACCAUCCUCCACUUUUGCUAUUCCAGAAAAUCCCCUAUGGGUGGAAAGCGAUGGGCAUGUGCCAUUGAGCGAUCGCACCAGGUUUCUACGUGCAACAUUCGGUGGCACUGAGGAGAUCAUCGAAAAGGGCAUGAUACGCCUUGGCAAGGGCUUACUAGAAUUCUUUCAGGAUUAG